CCGGCUCCAUUGGCGAUAUGUGUCUUAUGGAUUGAUUAUUUGAUUUUAAGGAAUCCAUCAUAGUGAAGUUGUACACUGAGGACACUCUUCAACUCUCUUCUUUUCACUCUCUGGUCUACUGGUCUCAGUUUCAUGAAUAUUAACUUUAAAUUCUCUGCUUCUUCCUGCAAAUCAAGAUGUUCUCGCCAGCAUUUUACUCACUCAAUGCCGCAUUUUAUCAAUCUCUCCCAUCUGCUUUCUUUGUUAACCACCAUCCACUCGUAUCUCCACGACACAGAAAGCACAUUCAAGAACCAAGAACUCGCGGUUGCAAAAUCUGUACUCACGGUCAAGACUUGCGCUCUUCGUCGCUCAGAGAACCAUCUUUCGUUAUCGAUUCCAUCUGUUCUGUUAAACCCGCGGCCCCGUUUGUCGACACUAAAUGCUCUUCUCCGGAGAUACUGUCACCUAGUCAGCUGAGGUACUUGUAUGUAGAAAAUGCUUCUUCUUUUAAUAUUUUAGCAACUAAUCAGUUGGAACUGGCCAAUGUACUUGGAAACAUGAUUCAGUCUUGUUGUAAUGUAAAAGAAGUUAGAAAGGUGCAUGCGGUAGCUGUCAAGUGUGCUACAUCUUCAAGCUUCUAUGCUGAGAAUAAUCUGAUUAGUAUGUAUGUUAAACUUGGAUCCUUGAAAGAGGCUCAGAGGGUGUUCGACAAUAUGCUUGAGAGAAACCUUGUUUCUUGGACUGCUAUGAUCAAUGGGUACAUGAGAUGUGGAUUGUACACCGAAGCAAUGAGAUUAUUUGCAGAGUUUGUCCACGAGGACUUCAAAUUGAAUUUGAAGACAUCCGUGUGUGUACUUAAUAUGUUUGCUAGAACGUUUCACUUAGAGCUAGGGAAGCAAGUACAUGCUUGUGUCCUAAAGAAUGGAUUUAAUGGCUUGAUUUUAGAGACUGCUACUCUUCAUCUUUACUCACAAUGUGGGGAUUUAGAGAGUGCUGUUCAAAUCUUUGAUAAGAUGAAAGAGCAUGAUAUAGUUUCUUGGACUACUUUGAUAACGGCUUGUUCACAGCAUGGGCAAGGAAAGAAGGCUCUUUUCACGUUCUCAGAAAUGGUUUCUGAUGGAUUUUUUGAUGCAAAUAAGUUCACAGUAUGUAGUGUUUUCAAUGCUUGUGGGGAUGAGAAAGAUUUGAGAUUUGGGACUCAACUUCUAGCAGCAGUUGUUAAAAGGACAUAUGAGAUGGAUGUCUUUGUUGGGACAUCAAUUGUAGAUAUGUUUGCUAAGUGUGGAGAUAUUGCAAAUGCUAGGAAGAUAUUUGAUGGGAUGAGGAAGAGCAACACGGUCACAUGGACGUCUAUUAUAGCGGGAUAUGCUCGUAAUAGGCUAGCUGAAGAGGCCAUAAUUCUCUUUCAGAUGAUGACAAAGAGGAAAUGCUUAGCUAAUAAUUUGACCAUGGUUAGUGUUCUAAGAGCUUGUGGCUUACUUAGGGCUCUACCAACCGGAAAAGAAAUGCAUGCUCAAAUCAUCAAGAGUUUUCUUUGGAGCGACAUUCCUAUCGGGAGUUCCCUGAUUUGGUUUUAUUGUAAAUGUGGUGAAAAUUAUAUGGCACGUAAGGUCCUCCAGUACAUGCCGUUUAGAGAUGUAGUUUCGUGGACAUCAAUGAUUUCUGGAUGUGCACGUAUAGGACAUGAGCAUGAGGCUCUUGAAUACUUGAAGAAGAUGUUGGGUGAAGGAGUAGUGCCAAACCAUUUUACCUAUGCAUCAGCCCUAAAAGCCUGUGCAAAACUAGAAGACGUUGUGGGAGGGAAAAUAAUACACUCGUCCAUAAACAAGGCGCCUUCACUUUCAAAUGAGUUUGUAGGAAGUGCGCUAAUCAACAUGUACGCAAAAUGUGGCCAUCUUCCUGCGGCUAUUCAAGUUUUUGAGAGCAUGCCACAGAUGAACUUGGUUACUUGGAAGGCAAUGAUAAUUGCCUAUGCAAAACAUGGAUUCUGCCGGGAGGCCUUGAAGCUCUUAUAUAAAAUGCAAACUGAAAGUAUUGCAGUGGAUGAUUACACCCGGUCAAUUGUUCUCACUGCAUGUGGAGAUUAUGUGGAGAAUCUGGACAAGACAGAUGAAUAUCAUUUGGACCUGAAUCAUAAAUCAAACGGUGUGGUCGUUUGAUGGUGUUCACUUCCUAGAAAUUGUUGAAGCUCAAGCACCAUCAGCCAACAUUCUACAGGUAGUACUUUUGCGCCAAGCAAUAAACGUCAGGCCCAUUGUUGGCUAUAGCUGAUGAAGAAAAUAGGGAAAGGAACUCAACACAAGAGCUGAAAGGGGAUUUGUUGUCUUCAGCCAUUGCAUUUACUAACAUGAUUUUAGACAUGUUGCAGUUCCAUGCGUCAUUUGAGGAAUUUGCUCGUGGAUUUUACAAAAGAAAAUUCAGAAUGAAUUUUUGUACAAGUUAGAAUACUUACUAUAAGAAAUAAAUAUCUAUUUUAUUAAUUUGAGGAGUUAUCAUUUUCUUUUUUGGUUGAGAUAUCUCUUAUUCUCUUCGCAUUUUCAAGUUUUUCGUAUGUUAAACUGUACUCCGUAUUACAUAUACUGUACUAGUCUACUAUGAUCAAAAGUGGAGGCAAUGCUGAGUUAGACAUCUAAAA